CACAGUUAGUGUGUGACGUGGUGUGUUAUGAAAGAUGACAUCACAGUAUGGAACACCCCAGUCAUUAGCAUUCCAGGUUAUAUACCGCUAACAGGUUUUGCACAGUCCGGACACGGCGCCGUCUGCAGGCAGCGACACUUGGCAGUCACCUCCAACAAAUGAUCCAUAAAGUCCUUCAAUCCAGGCAAACAUGGCAUCAGUGUCUGUCAGCUCCCACUUCAACAAGUCAGUACGGCAGCAUUAUAUGAGCCUGCCACAGGGGGGCAAAUGCCAGGUGACCUAUAUCUGGAUCGACGGCACUGGACAAGGACUUCGCAAUAAAACCCGGACCCUCGAUACUGAACCCAAAACUCUAGCAGAUAUUCCCGAGUGGAACUUUGACGGCUCGAGCACGUACCAGUCCGAAGGUUCCAACAGUGACAUGUACCUCAUACCAGUGCGCAUGUUCAGGGAUCCAUUUACCCUGGACCCCAACAAGCUAGUUCUCUGCGAAGUUCUCAAAUACAACCGCCUUCCUGCAGAAACAAACCAUCGAAUGAGCUGCAAUAAAGUGAUGGAGCAGGUCAAAGAGCACCAGAUAUGGUUUGGCAUAGAGCAAGAAUACGUACUCCUGGGAGUGGAUGGACACCCGUUUGGUUGGCCUCAAAGCGGGUUCCCAGCACCCCAAGGUCCCUAUUACUGCGGGGUGGGGGCGGACAAAGCUAUCGGACGAGACAUCGUGGAGUGUCACUACAAGGCGUGUCUCUACGCAGGGAUCGAAAUCUUUGGAACUAACGCUGAAGUGAUGCCAACCCAAUGGGAGUUCCAGGUGGGUCCCUGUGAGGGCAUUGAGAUGGCAGAUCAACUGUGGGUCGCACGCUUCCUGUUGGACCGCGUGUGCGAAGAUUUUGGGGUGGUUGUAACACUGGACCCCAAACCCAUGAAGGGGAACUGGAACGGGUCUGGUGCACACACCAAUGUCAGCACCAAGCAGAUGAGAGAAGAAGGAGGACUGCACUACAUAGAGAAGGCCAUCGAGAGGCUGGCCCAGAGACACAUGGAGCACAUCAUGGUGUACGACGCACGCGGCGGGCAGGACAACAUACGACGCCUCACGGGUAAACACGAGACCGCCAACAUCAACGAGUUCACCUCCGCCGUGGCCAACCGAGGCGCCAGCGUCCGCAUUCCCCGCCAGGUGGGCCAAGAAAAGAAAGGCUACUUCGAGGACCGCCGCCCCGCGGCAAACUGCGACCCCUACCUGGUGACCAGAGCCAUAGCCAGCACCUGUCUGCUGGACGAGGAGCAGCAGAUCAAGGAGACUUAGAUCAGACGAAAAAAUUCUUCUGCGGCCCGGUACCAAUCAGGCCACGGCCCGGUGGUUGGGGACCACUGUUCUAGUGUGUCCACUUGAAGGAAUUGUGAUGUAAUGUGUUUGUUUGAUGUUGUAAUUAUAGUCUUUUAGUUCGUGAAGCAUGCAUAAAAAGCUUUUAUAACAGGGGUCAUCAACCUUUUUGAAACCAAGAGUUACUUCUUGGGUACUGAUUAAUGAGAAGGGCUACCAGUUUGAUACACACUUAAAUAAAUUGCCAGAAAUAGCCAAUUUGCUCAAUUUACCUUUAAUAAAUAAAUCUAUAUAUAUAUAUAAAAAAAUGGGUAUUUCUGUCUGACAUUUUUUCCCUUUUACGGAAGGUUUUUUUGUAGGGAAUACAUGAUGAAAAAAACAAUUAAUUGAACGGUUUAAAAGAGGAGAAAACAGGAAAAAAAUGAAAAUACAAUUUUGAAACAUAGUUUAUCUUCAAUUUCGACUCUUUAAAAUUUAAAAUUCAACCGAAAAAAAUGAAGAGAAAAACUGGCUAAUUGGAAUCUUUUUGAAAAAAAUAAAAAAAAUUAUAUAUGGAUUAUCAUUAGUAAUUUUUCCUGAUUAAGAUUCAUUUUAGAAUUUUGAUGACAUGUUUUAAAUAGGUUAAAAUCCAGUUUGAAAUAAAAUUUAAAUUUGAUUCUUCAGAUUCUGUGGAUAAUUUUUUUGAAUUUUAAUCAUAAUAAGUUUGAAGAAAUAUUUCGCAAAUAUUCUUCGUCGACAAAACAGAAGCUAAAAUGAAGAAUUAAAUUAAAAUGUAUUUAUUAUUCUUUACAAUAAAAAAAAACUUGAACAUUGAUUUAAAUUGUCAGGAAAGAAGAGGAAGGAAUUGAAAAAGUAAAAAGUUAUGUGUUUAAAAAUCCUAAAAUCAUUUUUAAGGUUGUAUUUUUUCUCUAAAAUUGUCUUUCUGAAAGUUAUAAGAAGCAAAGUAAAAAAAUAAAUGAAUUUAUUUAAACAAGUGAAGACCAAAUCUUUAAAAUAUUUUAGUUUUUUUUCAAAUUCUAUUUGAGUUUUGUCUCUCUUAGAAUUAAAAAUGUCGAGCAAAGCAAGACCAGCUUGCUAGUAAAUACAUAAAAUAAAAAAAAAUAGAGGCAGCUCACUGGUAAGUGCUGCUAUUUGAGCUAUUUUUAGAACAGGCCAGCGGGCGACUCCUCUGGUCCUUACGGGCGACCUGGUGCCCGCGGGUACCGCGUUGGUGACCCCUGGUUUAUAAGCACAACUUGAAGACACGUGCAAUGGGUUGAUUCCUGUGUAAGUGUCACACCACGAUGAAGGAUGUCUUGUCUUGUUUGUUUUUUUUAGUCUUAUGAUUUGCACGUUUUAGUUUGAAAAGUAACUCUCCUCUCAUUUCAGGUCACUUGCCCUUCUUUUUGUGUCAUCAGUCUGACGUCAUCCCUGUUCCCUGAUUGUUUCCACCUGUUCCCUAUUACCCUCAUGUGUUUUAUAAGCCCACUUCUCACUUGGUUCUGUGCCAGAUUGUUUAGUUUAUUCGUGCUCUCUAGCGUCCAUGUCCAUGCCUUGCCUUGUCUCAUGCUUAUGUCCCUGGAUCCUGAAUCCCUUUCGUGACUAUUUGGAGUUUUCCUUUCUUCCUCCUCAGCAGAGUGAUUUUCUUAUUUAGUUUAUUAAGCCGAAGUGGUAAGUUAUCAGUUAUUUUUCAUUCUUUCCUCAAAUUUUUGAGUGACUGUUUUUGUUAAUACUUUAUUAGAUCAGUGUAGAAUUUUUCAUAGCUGGUGUUUCUUCCCCCUGUUGGAGCGUUUUCUGUUAAUACAUUUUAUAGUAUAUACGACGCCAAUUAUAGUUCGUCUUUGUUUUUGUGUUUUCCUCCGUUCGGAGUGAUUUUCGGUUGUUCCUUUUUAAAAAAAAUCUUUUUCGCCGAUUACUUUUUUGGUUAAUAUUAUUAAUAUUGUAUUUCAUGACUUUGGAAGUGAAAGGAAGCUAUCAAAAUAAAAGCCUGUCAAAGUUCCCGA